CUAUCUAUCGAUCUAUCUAUCUAUCUAUCUAUCUUUAAAGAAACUAUAUCACCUCCAAAACACACAAUUGUCUAUACACAGAACAGCACAUUUCUCAGAAACGGCGUUUUAUAAGGACGACGGGGUGGAUUAGGCAAAGCCACUGCUAAUAGCCCUGUAAAUGACAUCAUUAGGCUAGUCAAUCCUGUGGCAUCAGUUCUCCCUUGUAGCUGUAUUUGUGAAAUAUUAAUGGGGAAAAAUACGCGCAUCGUCGAGCCGGUGGGAGGCGCUUUCUACCUUUCCCUAACGAUCCACCCAGCGAGGUUGGACGAGAUCCAGCAGGACGGUGCGCUCCCCCGCUCAUGUUCCCGGCAUGCUUUGAGAAACACGGAUCGAAGAACUGAGGCUCGAGCUGUGUGCAGGCUUUGUGGCACGAGCGCAGGGCAUCCCCCAACAGCACCGAUAUAGGACCGAAUCAUUCAGAGUGUUCUACCUUUUCUGCCCACCUCGUCCCAUCCUCCCGUCACCAUGAACUACCUGCGCAGGCGUCUCUCGGACAGCAGCUUCGUGGCCAACCUGCCGAACGGCUACAUGAUGGACCUCCAGCGCCCGUCCCCGUCCCCGUCCCCGUCCCCGACUCCGUCUCCGACACCCGGGCGCCCCACAAGCUCCACCAGCUCCCCGGCCUCCCCGGCCACGGAGAGGCGACCGCAGCCGUCCGUCUCACCCCAGCCCCAGGCUCCUGGCCCGGCAUCCUCCUCCCCCUUCUCGUCCACCUCCUCCACUAGCGCCCCGGCCGGCGGAGGCUUCCUCAGCUCUUUCUCCAGCGUGGUGAAGACGGCGCAGCUCGCCAGCGCAGUGCAGGCCAAGGCGGCGCAGGCGACGCAGGCGGCACAGGCGGCACAGGCAGACGCCACGCCCGCUGCGCCCUUGACGCUGCCCAAACCGGUCGUUCGCAAGCCCAAGGUGCUGCUGGUGAUUGAUGACCCCCACACCGACUGGGCAAAGUACUUCCGGGGAAGGAAGCUCAACGGAGAGUAUGAGAUCCGCGUUGAGCAGGCUGAGUUCACAGAGAUCAACUUAGCCUCUUAUGUCAGCAGCGGCUGCAUGAUCGACAUGCAGGUCACAAGAGGUGGAACUAAGGUGGUCAGGUCAUUCAAGCCAGACUUUGUGCUCAUCCGUCAGCACACGUACAGCAUGACUCCUGGGGAGGACUUCAGGAGUCUGGUGAUCGGCCUGCAGUUUGGAGGAGUAGCCAGUGUCAACUCCUUACUCUCCAUCUACAACUUCUGUAGCAAGCCCUGGGUGUUUUCCCAAAUGAUCAAGCUCUACCACAAUCUGGGACCUGAGAAGUUUCCUUUGAAUGAACAGACCUUUUACCCCAACCACUCACAGAUGCAACCCACGCCAACGUUCCCCGUGGUCGUGAAGAUGGGUCACGCUCACGCAGGCGUGGGAAAGAUUAAAGUGGAGAACCAGGACGACUUCCAGGACAUCACCAGUGUAGUCGCUCUGGCCAAAACCUACGCCACUUCUGAGCCUUACAUCGACUCCAAGUACGACAUCAGGAUCCAGAAGAUCGGGAACAACUACAAGGCCUACAUGAGGACGUCCAUUUCAGGCAACUGGAAGGCCAACACAGGUUCCGCUAUGCUGGAACAGAUUGCCAUGACGGACAGAUAUCGGCUGUGGGUAGACUCCUGUUCUGACAUGUUUGGAGGCCUGGACGUUUGUGCGGUGAAGGCCGUCCAUGGGAAAGAUGGCAAUGACUACAUCAUUGAGGUGAUGGACAGCUCUAUGCCUCUGAUUGGUGAACACGUAGAGGAGGACAAACAGCUGAUCACAGAUCUGGUUGUAAACAAGAUGACCAGCGUGCUGCUCGGAAUCACCUCCCCCCAGCCUACCUCAACUAAGUCACAGCCUGGUCCGCAGACAACCCAGCCCAGGCGUGUCACAGGGGGUCCCCGGUCUGCUGCUGGCUCUCCGUCCCAAUCAGCCCAUGCUUCUCCACAGCGAGCCCGAUCAGCAUCCACCUCCCCCAGCCAGGCCUUUCAGCCCGGGCCCAUCCCCGCCUCUGGCCCUGGGGGAGCCUCCCAGAAACAGCCCCCGCAGCUGAAUAAAUCGCAGUCCCUGACCAACACGUUCACCGAGUCGCUCCGUGGCGUCACCACCGAUGACGAGGCCAAGGCAGAGACCAUCCGCAGCCUCAGGCAGUCCUUCGCCAGCCUCUUCUCAGACUAGCGGACUGCUCCAUCCCCCCACACCGACAGCCCUCUCUCCCAACCCCCCCUCACCCCCAGCCAUCUCCAGUGCGGAGGGGCGCAGAGGUGAGUUAAAAGAAGAAGCACCUAGAGGGACAUUUUCACCAGGUGUGCUCUAGUUAUCAGAGCUGAAGACUCCUGUCACUCCCGCCCUGACUUCCUGUUUGAGACUCCAUCAGCAGGGGGAAGAGAAGCCCUCUGAUUGGUCAGUGGACGGAGCAGAGGUCCGUUGAUUGGUUCUUGUUAUUUGCUUUGGUUAUGCACAUGUGUGUUUGUUUCGGUUCUGGUUUGUAGUCCAAUAUGUUGUUCCGUAGUGUGAAAGUAAUGGUGUCAGUGCAGUAGAUGUAGCUUUGCAGUUCAAUGUGUCAGUAGGAUUCAUAUUCUUUCAUUAUUGUGUGUCCUUAAAGAAAAUCAUAUUAUGACUGAAAGACUAAUUUUUUAAAAACAUAAUUAUAAUAAUAAUUAACAUUAAAUGAACACGUCAUACAGACAUUGACUUUCUUGGAAAUUGGUGUCAAAGAUGCAUUCUGAUUUCUGAAAAGGUUAAUGUCCAUGUGGAAUGCAUGCACCUUUUUCUUGGUUCCUCCUCAAUAUACAAAUUAGAUGUGUGUACUGAGCUAAAACAAUGAAAACCCUUAAACCCAGAAAUGUAUUGAUGUACAAUAAUGAACUGCCCAUUUUAUUUUCAAAGGUUUUUUUGUAUUGAUCAGUCUUCCAUUAACAAUGAAUCUUCCCUUUAUAAAACCAAUAUAAUGUAACUACUUGAGAUAUCUUGUAUAUAGCUAUGAAAUACGUCAUAGUAGGGCACUGGUCAGUUAUAAUGCCUAGAUGUCUCUUAGUCAGCUUGAAGUUCCUUCCUAUCCUAGACUGUGCAGCAGAUCAUGCCAUGACAAAAGCAAUUCACAGCAGUUUGCUUAUGAACAGGCCGUGAUGUGAGCAUUGCAACCCAUUGACUUACAAUUAGCCUUCAUGGGACCGCCAUUUGUUCUUCCUUUGCAGAAAUCACCAGGUCAGCUGGGCUUUGUUAUUUAUGCUGUGUUACGCUGAAGGAAAGGCAUUGGUUAACAGUAUGUUUAAUAAUACUCAUGUGGAUAACAUGGUGGUCUGAUGGUGACGUGACUACAAUGGUUUCCAUGCAAGUAGGCAAGGGGUUGUGAGGUUUGAUUGCUGCUAUCCUAUCCCUCUAGUACAUCUUUAUCAGGAAACAAGCCAGUGAACCUGUAACCUGCUGUAUUCUUCAGGGCCUGUGUGUUCACAGCUUGCCACCAGGUGUGUAAACACAUCUAUUAUGCAGCGCUAACUCUCAUCUAACACUUGUUCAGGACCCUUCUGGGAUGGUGGGCUACUUUCACGAGACCCAUUCUGUGUUAAGUGUCCGUAGGUUACUAUGUGCUUAAAGUAGCAGUCCACUAUUCAAAUCAAAUACACUUUUUGUCAAAUUCUGUGAUUUGUUCCUCACGGUCCUCUAGCUGCACGUUCUGUGUUUGCGCUCAAAGGAACUCUGGUGUUUUUAACCAGUCUUGGCUCUGUAAAUGGGAAAUAAAUAAAGUGGCUUAGACCAAGCCACAAAUUAUUUCAGCCAAUCAACACAUUGCUUCAAGAGCAAGAAAAAAAAGGAAGGAUGUAAUUUCUUUGGCUGUUGAGUUCCAAUAUCAACAACCUUUUCGGCAGAGUUGUGGAUCAUACUUUUAAUGCUUAAUUAACUGAUAAGAACUGUGUACUUUUCAAAGUAGCACAUAUUGUUAUGAGAUGUACUUCAGGGUUAGCAUGAGGUUUAGGGUAAAGGUUAGUAACAUAAGGAUAUUCAAUAUAAUAAGAAACUCCAUGAUGUUCCCUGAAAACAAAGGGAGAUCUGCAAAAGAGUGCCAAAUCGUUAGAUCGUUGCUUAAGUUGGUAGCACAAUCAGUGCAUUAACAGUGACCAAAUGUCAUAGCGUAUCGGUCUCAUUUAGCGGACAGUUGUGACCCAGCAUAGUUCAUGCUAACAAGAUCUGUAGCAACUAAUGAGGAAAGCUAUUUCAUAGCUAAUGAAAUGGAGGGACCCUCCACAAAUUUGUGUAACCGUAGGUGAGAAGAAAUACGUCUGUGGCCAUACUACAAGAAGGUUCUUGGCUUGGAACGUGAUCCAGUCCAAUGUGUGGAAUGUAUGUAGUCAUUGCUCUUGAAGAGUCACGUAUGGCCGUCUGUAGCAAUGGUCCCAGCUAAUACAGAUUUAGCUGACGUACUGGUCCAUCAGUAAAAUCCUCAUGGUUUUAUCCGCGCUGAAAUACAUCUGAUGAUGCUUGAAAUAUCCCUUAUGUUGAGUCCUUAAACUUACUUUUUUUUCCCAUUGUAGAAUACUUGAUCAACAUAAGUACUACUUUGGGAUUUUCAUACAGCGCUUCCCUGAUUUUUUUAUUCAAAAUGAAAUAUCAAGUCUUGUAAACCCUUUUCCAAGGCAUCAUUUCAGGUCAAUUCAUUGUCUUAUCAUUAGUACAUUUGGCAGAGAUUACAAUACAUAGCUUUGGUUAAUUAUUUGACCCAAAAUGUAUAAAUUCAACAUAAAAAAAUUCAAAGAAAGAAUAAAGAAUAUUUCAAUUUUACACUUUUUUUUUUUAAGAGUUUGGUCUCUACUAUCUCCAACUCUUUUUUGCUUAUGUGUUGUAUCUGAAGUGCAAAUUUGACGUUACAAAUGUUGAAUCUGUCAAACGGACCAAAUUAUGUGAGUAAUGUCAAAGCUACGAGUUGUUACAUUGUUAGUUUAAGAGAAUGCUUACUUUCUGUGUAAAUGUGUCAUCUCAAAAUCAGCACGCACUAUACAGUGCUAUGAAAAGCCAUAAAAAUCAGUAGGCAACCAAGUGUGUUUAUAUUGCUAUGCUAAUGUGUUGCGUUCAGUCUGUACCGUUCAGUUAAGACUACAUUUCUCUCUCGGUUUACAUGUACAAUACAUUAUGUGUAGAGCAACUGUUAAAUUGAUAUUUCUACCAUCGUCAGCUGGUGUAAGCCAAUGGAGUCCGUUAUGUGUUUUACUAGUAUAACAGGGCAACGUUCUGCAUGGUGCACACAAUUAUUGCUCAGUGCUUCAAACCAAUAACACAUUUGCAGUGAUGCAGAUGGGUGCAUACACAUCUCCGAGAUCCUCCACUUCAGCGAAUGCAAUAAUAACAGUGAAGACGUGUUGAAUGCUGGGAUGGACGGGUGAGAUCUAGCUCAUACAGCAGCUAGCUGAGAAAAAGACAAAAACCCGUGACACCACUUAGAUAAGGAGAAAAUAGUCUGCCAUUGUGAAUGUUUUAAUUCUAUUCUCAUGAAGGUGAAUGAGCCAUAGAGAAUCUUCACUUAAGUGGCAUUGAACACAUCAGUCUUGUUCUGUUUCUGUGGCAUGACUGUAAGCUCGCUCUCUUUAUCUCUCUCUCUCUAUCUAUCUAUUUGUCUGUCUCUCUCCCUUUCUUUUUCUAUCUCUCUCUCUAGCUGUCUCACUCUCUCUUUUGUUCUUUUUCUAUCUAUCUCUCUAACAAUCUUUUGUGCCUCUGGUGUACAGUUGUAAGCUAUUGUUUUUGUCUGUCUGCUUGACUCUGUAAACGGAGUGUGAUAAACUGUAUGUGAAAACUGUGAAACAUAUCAGUUGCAUCUAUUUCCUUUAUUUAUUUGUACUUAUAAUGUAUCAUUUUGGUUAUUUGGUUAAGACUGGUAAUAAAGGUGGCAUUGUUUUAAUUUGA